AUGCAUAUUCUUGUCACCAACGAUGAUGGUCCACCAUCAGAUCAGUCCUCGCCCUACGUACAUUCGCUGGUGUCAACACUACAGAAGCAUGGGCAUACCGUGUCAGUCGUUCUCCCGCAUACACAGAGGUCAUGGAUAGGCAAAGCACACCUUGUGGGCAAAUCCAUACAACCGACAUACUACCGCCCCGCGCCCCUCCAAACAAACGCUGAAGGGCGUCUCACGAACCAUGGCACAACGCACAACUCCCCUCUGCCAUCCUCAUCGAACGAAGAAGAAUGGGUGCUCGUCGACUCGACGCCUGCUUCCUGCGUACAGAUCGGUCUCUACCACUACUUUUCAGACCGCGGCCCGAUUGACCUCGUAGUCAGUGGCCCUAACUACGGUCGCAACAGCACUGCCAUCUUUUCCUUAUCGUCGGGCACAAUUGGUGGCGCAAUGGAGGCAGCAGUAUGCGGCAUGAAGUCCAUCGCCCUCUCGUACGCAUUCUUCGACCGCAACCACGACGCCAAGAUCAUCAGCGAUGCCAGCGAGCUCAGCGCUAAACUCAUAAAACAUCUGUGGGAUCACUGGGAUGCAAAUACCCACCUUUACACCGUCAACGUACCGCUGGUUGAAAACGUUGGAGAGCGCAAGAUCCUAUGGACGAACAUGCUGCAGAACUCGUGGAAGAGCGGAAGCUGUUUCCAAGUCGUCGAAGUACCGUCCGAAGCUGACGACACACCGUCAGACAUUGAGGGUCAGAUACGCAAACAAGAGGAGAAGUUUGGGAAGAAGGAGCUGAAGGCGAACUCUGAAAUACAAGGUGGAGUGUCGGGCACAGACAGUGGGCGAGAAACGCCUUCAGGUCAGGCCCAUAUGCGGUAUACACACAAGCACUUCAAAUGGGCACCGACUUUCAAAGAUGUGUAUGAGAGUGUUGAGGCCAGUGAGCCCGGCAAUGAUGGAUGGGCGGUCGCGCAGGGCUUUACCAGUGUGACUCCACUACGGGCAAACUUUAUGCAUGUGAAUGGGUUUGAGGGAGAAAUCAAGCUGGGUGCGGGGGCUUCGUAG